CCAUUGUGACUCUUCACUUAGAAAGACAUCAUAUCCUAGAAGAAGCUCAUCAUGGGUAUCCAGGGUUUGACCAGCUUCAUAGAUCAUUGUGGAACAUUUUUAACAGAUUAUCGUUUCAGAAACAGCAAGGUGGUCAUAGAUGGCAGUAAUAUAUUCCACUUUCUUUAUUUUAACUCAAGUGUGGAUCAGCAGCAUGGAGGGGAUUUUGAGGACCAGGUCUGCAAGUUCUUCAAGGCGCUGAGAGAUUGCGGCAUUGAACCUUAUGUGAUUAUAGAUGGAGGCUCUGACCCCACCGACAAAAAGUUUGAAACUCUCAGAAAACGAGCUGAAUCAAAGAUCGACACAGCCAACAAGUUGUCCAAGGGGCUUCAAGGGGGCAGGUUAAUACCAACCCUUGCCAGACAAGUCUUUAAAGAGGUCCUUUCCAGCUUAGGGGUCCCGUUCGCACAGGCUAUUUUUGAGGCAGACCAAGAAAUAGCCUCACUGGCUCAAAAGUGGAACUGUCCGGUCCUGUCUAAUGACAAUGACUUUUAUAUUUUUGACAUCCAGGCAGGAUUUCUUCCCUUGUCCCAUUUUCAGUGGCAGAACCCGUCAGUGCAAAAUUACAUCCCCUGCAAGCUGUACACCACAACAAGCUUCUGCAGUCAAGUCAACAUCAACAGACAGCUUCUCCCAGUCUUCGCUGCCAUCGCAGGAAACGACUAUGUCAACUUGAAUGACAUGGGCUUUUCCAUCAGGUGGACAGACAACUCGCAGAUGGAACCCAAUCAAAAGCCAAGGGUUGUCUUUUUCAACAAGUUGCUGAAAUGGCUGGCCAGUUUCCAGGAGAAGCAGGAGGCCUUGGACAAUGUGCACGUCCUCAUUGGUCAUGGGGAAAACAACAUGGAUGCUGCCCUCCAGGCCCUCUCUCGGGGCAUAGAAACAUACCAGAUUCAACCCGGUUGCCUGGAGCGUUUCUUCAAUGAUGGCGAGGCUCCUGAUCCCGGCCUUCUCCCAGACCAUCUGAGGGUCCUUCCAGACUGGACCCUGCUGCCGUUGACGAACGGGACACUUCCCCCCUACAUGAUAUAUAUUCUGCAGCGGAGGCCAGUGAUACAGGGUAUCCAAGUGGAAGAUCACAGCUUACCCAGUGGGAACAACACCUCUCGGCCCAUACGGCAGGUGUUCUACGGGCUGCUGCUGGGUGAAGGGAGGGAAGUGGAGGAGUAUGACAGGGAAGGGAAGAACCUGACCAGCUGCAAGGUUAAAGCCAUCCUGCCCAGUGCUGCACAACACCUGCAGCUAAACAUGUUGAAUCAGACUCCAUAUGUUGAGCGGCUUGAGGUAUUUUUGGAGACCCUUGGUGUGUCCCAGUCCACUUUGAAUGGUGUCCCACCUCAUCUGGGACUUCCUGUGGCUGUUACCUACUACUGGCUGAGGCACGCCCAUCCCCGACCAGACCUUCCUCUCCUGCAGGCCCUGCUACUAGGACUUGUGUUCGGAGAGCUCUGCAGACAGAGGAAGAGCCAGAGAGGGUUUAUAGAGGAGGAACCAAUGUUGGAGAGGAUGAGAGGGCUGAUUCAGAGACCUGCUAUGAGUCCAGACCUGGGUGUGGCCCACGUCUUUAGCCAAUGGAAUCGUUGCAUGAGGGAUGGCCUUGACCUGAAUCAACUUCUGUGUCUCCCUCUACCUGAGCCUCAGUGUGCCUGGCUGUACAAGGGAACUCUGGUGCACCAGCUUGUGGACCAACUGAGAGGGGGGGUGACCCCAGAUUCUCUCCUGAUGGUAGACCCUUCCUCUGUGCAGCUGUACAGAGCCAUGCUGGAAGCCAUAUUCAACUCCGAGGAAGCUGAGACCACUGGACAACCUGACGGACCCUCCACAGAUUCUGGUGCUGGAGGAAGAAGAGGAUGUUGAUGAUGAUGAUGGUGCUGGAGGAGGUUGUACUGAAGUCCCAAUGUCCCACUGCAAGAGGAAGGAAAGAUUUAACAAAGCUCUGUCAAGUUGUAAAUAUCGGGACCACUAUAUACAGACCACUAUAUAACUGUUGAGUUAUAGAUAUAUGAACCACUAUACAUACAACUGUUGAGUUAUAGAUAUAGGGACCACUAUAAAGGACCACUAUACAGGACCACUAUAUAGGGACCACUAUAUAGGACCACUAUAUAGGACCACUAUAUAGGGACCACUAUAUAGGACCACUAUAUAGGACCACUAUAUAGGGACCACUAUAUAGGACCACUAUAUACAGACCGCUAUAUAACUGUUGAGUUAUAGAUAUAUGAACCACUAUACAUACAACUGCUGAGUUAUAGAUAUAGGGACCACUAUAUAGGACCACUAUAUAGGGACCACUAUAUAGGGACCACUAUAUAGGACCACUAUAUAGGGACCACUAGGGACCCAGUUUUCUGUGACAUUUUAGUGACAGAGGGCCUGGGUAGGAAGGCCCCACUUGCAUACACACACACACACACACACACACACACACACACACACACACACACACACACACACACACACACAUACACACACACACACACACACACACACACACACACACACAUACACACACACACACACACACACAUACACACACACACACACACACACACACACACACACACACACACACACACACACACACACACACACACACACACACACACACACAGAGCAUAAAGAAGAAUGAACAUCGAUAAGAGAAUUUACAUUUAUUUAAAUAAAAUAAGAAAAAAAGAGAAUAAAUUAAUUGGGACUGAAGUUUAUUGAAAUGAUCAUUCAAGGUUAAAUAGGUUAAAUGUUGAAAGUUGAAAACAUUGUGAAAUAUGAACGGAGGAUUAAAGUAGUGCAGUAAUGGAGGUUUCUAGCUUGAAUUGUAAAUCCACAGGUCAGAACAGCCAGGCAAGAGGUGGGGGGUUAGUUGGUGCUGAAAAUGUACCUCAUGAGCAAAUGCCGCAUUAGGUGUUAAUGCAUCAUUGGAGCAGGAGUUAGCCACAAUGAGUUAGCAGACAGGAAGACUGUUAGCCACAAUGAGUUAGCAGACAGGAAGACUGUUAGCCACAAUGAGUUAGCAGACAGGAAGACUGUUAGCCACAAUGAGUUAGCAGACAGGAAGACUGUUAGCCACAAUGAGUUAGCAGACAGGAAGACUGUUAGCCACAAUGAGUUAGCAGACAGGAAGACUGUUAGCCACAAUGAGUUAGCAGACAGGAAGACUGAUGGUAGAAAGGACUCUCUUUGAGAAGAACCUGUCGACUGCUGGAACAAGAUUUUUGCUUUCGCUUUUUAGCUUGAGAUAUUUUUUGGUUUUUAUCCUACUUAUAUUUAGGUUUUUAUCCUACUUGGUUAAAGUAACAUUCUAGGAGGAAUCGUUAAGGUGACCUCAUUGACAGAAGUGUGUUAAUGUAGCUGUUAGAGUUUUUUUUAGACACCAACUGAGGGACUGAUCAUCUUGAGGGGGAGACAAAGAGCCGUUUAUAAAUUGUUUCUAUUGUUUUUAAAUAUUGUGCUUCUGAUAAAAUUGUGAUCGACAAAUAACAUUUUAUUGGCACAUCCCACUAAUGGUUUAGUUAAAGGGCGCUGGAGGCAUCUAUCAAGUUAAUUAAUGGUUGAUUUGAUCUUAUCAUUGAUUUGUGAUAUUGAUUUGUGAUUGGUGAUUGGUUGAUUUGUGAUAUUGAUUUGUGAUUGGUUGAUUUGUGAUAUUGAUUUGUGUUUGGUUGAUUGAUCUGGGAUUUUUUUAUGGCUGUUUCUGGAACUUUGAAUAAACUUGCUUUAUUGUUCUGAAA